UAAACAGUUCUCCCUCGACCUCGAGCCGACAUAGAGUUCUGUGUUUUCCGACGCAUAUCUAUCUGCAGUUGAAAAUGCCACCAAAGGCCAGCGGUAAGGCUGCGAAGAAGGCCGGAAAGGCCCAGAAAAACAUUUCCAAGGGCGACAAGAAGAAGAAGCGCAAGAGGAAGGAGAGUUACGCGAUCUACAUCUACAAGGUCCUGAAACAAGUCCACCCCGACACCGGAAUAUCGAGCAAGGCGAUGAGCAUCAUGAACAGCUUCGUCAACGACAUAUUCGAACGCAUCGCCGCCGAGGCCUCGCGUCUCGCCCACUACAACAAACGCUCGACCAUCACCUCCCGGGAAAUUCAGACCGCGGUCAGGCUGCUGUUACCUGGUGAACUGGCCAAGCACGCCGUCAGUGAGGGCACCAAGGCGGUCACCAAAUAUACCAGUUCCAAGUGAGCUGCUGCUCCCCGACAAACGACAAACCGGCCCUUUUUAGGGCCACAACACUUUUCACGGCAAAGAUUCGUAUUUUCAAGCUACAAGUCAAACCCCCGAAUGCCAUGAUACUUUUUUGGGUAAUCCAAAGCAGGAGUCAUGUUGUCCGCAGUCCGGGCCUUGAACAAAUACUUUGAUAGACUCAUCGUCAUCAGCUUGGCGAUAUUCGUUUGAUAUUAAACUCGUGUCUAAUCAGUAUUAUCAGUUAAUACUCGUAGGCUUUGUAUGUAGUUUUUU